GCUGGUGGCUUGUAGGCUUCUCCUAACUUCAUUUCUCCCUUUCUGCAUACCAGGUUACCAACUCAUCUGGGACUGAGCUUUACUACAGUUACAUGAAGACUUAUGCUUUCUAGUUCCUGCCUUACUGUUUGUUUUAGUUGCAUGUGUGCUGCUUCUAAAUGUUUGUGCAUCAACUCACCACUAACUACAUUCUCACACAUCACAACAACAACCCUGCAUGCAUAUGGACAGAUCUUACUCAUAAUCCAGAAUCAUGAUGCAUACAUUUGGCACAGUGUUUUUUCAUUUUUUAAGUCUUAACUACACCAUUCUUUGCCAACAAGCUCCCAUAUCAACACUUUGUAUUUGAAAUACACCAUUCCACAUGAAGUUUGAAUGAAUGUUGUCUGACUGAUAAUUGUGACGUCUGACACGAUGUAGCUCUUGUUGGGAGGCAGCGCCCCAAACUGGAGAGAACCAGAUCUCAGAGUGGGGAACCUGCCAUGAUGCAGGAAGACUCUCAGUACCCGCUAGUGCGCAGCAGCAGUGCUAGUGACAUCAUGGAGGAGUUUGCUCGGGAUCGGCUGAGAGUCGACAGCAUUGAGCUGGAGGGGGACGACAUGGGCAGCCAUGACAGCCUGGAUGAGUUCAUCAAGCAGAGGUUACAAGGACAGAGCUUCAGUAGUGAGACCAGUGCAGUGUCCAGUGACACCACCUGCAGUGUGGGAGAUGUGGUCAUAGGGUCCCUUGGCAGUGAGGACAAGGAGGUAGCGAGCUACUGUACUCUGGGAGACACCGCCAGCGAGGACAGUGUCACCCUGGGACACAGUGGGGACAGCAGCACAGGACACAGGACAACCCCAGAGUCAGCUACUAUGUCCAGAGGCUCAGCAACGCCUUCACCCUCAUCUCCCACCUCACCGUCAUCGAGAACCCCCUCCCCCACCAUCCUCCUGUCUCCAUCCCCCACCCCCUCCCCCACCGCCAUGCUGGAGUCGUCCCCAGAACAGAUCCCCAGUCAGAAGGACUCCCCUGCUGCAGAGAGUAUGAAGCUUGAUGGAGAAGUUCUAGUGGAGCUAGACAGCAGUGAAGUGCAAUCUGAGGACAGUAGUGUAGUGACGGGCGGGUCCCUGCAGGGCUGGUUCCCUGACGCUGCAGUCAUCGUCUGGAGAAGGAUGCUGGGAAUCCUGGGAGAUGUGAACGAGAUCCAGGAUCCAGAGAUCCACUCACAGGUCUUCGACUAUCUGUGUGAGCUCUGGCUGGUUCUCAUGAAGUUAAGGGACAAUUUGGGCAUCACCACCGACAACCUGAUGACACCCCCACCUCCGGAACUGCUGCCUCCACUGAAUGAGUUCGCACCAUGGCUUUUCAAGGCCAUCUCCUUGCCCAACAAGUACAAGAAGGGACAGCUGUUCGCUUACAAGCUGCUGUGCAGGAUGACCAUCAGACGUCACGACACAGAGCUGAGCAGGGAGCACCUGGCUCUGUUCUUCCAUGCACUGCACCAUGGCCUACUUAGUGCUGAUCAAGACAUAGUAAAUGUACUGGUGAAGAACUGCUGCCCGAUGUUCUUUGCUCUGGACCUGUCCGGUUCCUCCAUGUUGGUGCUGGACUUCAUCCAUGCUGCCAACACAGUGGCCAACAGCUCAGACAUGAAUGCCCCCCGAAGUGAGGCCCAAGCCCUGCUAGGUUCUCUCCUCUGCAUUCCAAACCUGCUUCAUGACAUGCCAGUCCUACAACCCACCUCUGCCGAAACAGCCACCAUGACAUGUAAGGACGUCAAGGAUCACAUUGUAAAUAUUCUUCUCAAGUCUGGAAAGAAGGAACCAAAUGUACAGGCAAGGUGUACAGUGUUGAGCUGCCUGGGCAUUUACCUGUAUGAAGAGCUGGCCCACAGCACCCACCACCCAAAGAUGAAGGAUGCCAUCAAUGUCCUGCUAGCUUCUCUCAAGUUUAACCAUAAGACUGUGGCACAGGUAGCAUCUGACAUGCUGCUGCUGCUGGCCCAACAGGUGGACAGGCUGGCACACCUGCAGAGCGACCUGCCAAAGAAGAUCACAGAGAGCAUAGCACUGACAAUCACUAGUCUGUUAUCCAGUCCAGAGACGUCCACAACGGAGGCUGAUAAAAAGGUGGUUGUGUCCAUGUUGUUCUGCCUGCUGGAGUGGUGCAUGGCCCUGCCCAUCUCAGUCCUCCUCACAACAUCUGCCGAGAACAAGAGAAGCCUCAUCUUAACUGUCUUCAAGGUGCUGCAGACAGCUGUUCAGGGUGCCGGCAGCCCCAGACAUAGUGUAGUGCUGACAGAGCUGGAGUCUAUCUGUCUGGAUAGUGUGAAAGAUGUGACUGGAAGAAGUGAGCCGGCUUCACCCUCCACCCCACCUGGGACUGAGCAGGGUAUUCUGGAGGAAGAAACAACAUCAAGUCCUUCCUUUGAGUACCCUCAGGAUGGAUUAGACAUGGUCAGCCUUGCAGCAAGAACGGUGUUGAGUCAUCUUGUUGAUCACAUUGGGCACUUCCCGCUGGGCGGGGGUCCGGCUGUGCUGAACAGCCUGGUGCAUGAGAUAGACGACUGUCCAGAACUCACCUUCAUGGACGACCUCACGCUGGAGAUAUUCCAGGCACCAAAUGUACAGUUCUUUGUGCUGAACAAUAAGAACAUCAUUUCUGUGGUGGAAAUUCCAGCAGAGGAUCUCCCUGGAGGAGGUGCCACAGGUGGUCUGACCACGGGGAAGACGCAGGCCCGCAUGAUUGUGCGGGACAUUGGAGGGAAGUACGCCUGGGACUGUUCCAUUCUGUGGGGGCCGCCCAGGUGUAGGACAGGGUCCUGUCUAGCUCCAGUGCAGCUGGGCAGUAUCUCCUUGCAUGACCCCAGCCUGGGCCCAGACCCUGGGCAGGGAGGGGAGACACAGCAGCACACACAGGACCAUGUACAACACAGGGACUCCAGCACCAUGCCGGCAUGGGACAACACACCACAGCACCAGGAUGUACUGGAUCAGAUGCUGCAGUACGUCGGCCACACCAGCCCAGAGUGCCUGCAGAAGCCAGGCGAGCCCCUGAACGAGCCGGCCGUCCCGCCAGAGGAGAUCGUCACAGAGAGGGAAGACUCCACAAUCCAGGCUGUUCUACAGCAGUGUGACAUCGAGGCAGACUAUGUCAGACAGCAUAUCAAUGAUAGCAGCAUGGUUGCCUCAGACAUGACAGAGACCUGCAGUGAUGACCCCAAGUCACCUUUCCACCACUGUAGAUUCCUCUUGAGCCAGCUGGGCAUGCUGGCCUGGGAGAAAAGACCCCACCUGGACCUGCUGAGGAAAAACGACAGACUUCUCAGAGAACUGAAGAACCUGGACUCAAGACACUGCCGGGAGACCCACAAGAUCGCUGUCAUCUACGUGGCAGAAGGCCAGGAAGAUAAACAUUCCAUCCUGUCCAAUCCUGGGGGCAGCCAGGCUUACGAGGACUUUGUGGCAGGGUUGGCUUGGGAAGUGGACCUAACAGGCCACAGAGGUUUCAUGGGUGGACUACAGAGGAACAGGAGUACCGGGGACACUGCCCCGUACUAUGCCACUUCAACCAUGGAGGUCAUCUUCCAUGUGGCUACCCGCAUGCCCACAACCACUGAUGACUCCAGGACAAAAAAGCUGAGGCACCUGGGCAAUGAUGAGGUCCACAUUGUGUGGUCGGAGCACACCAGGGAUUACCGACACGGCAUCAUCGCCACAGAGUUUGGAGAUGUCCUGAUUGUCAUCUAUCCCCUGUCCAACCACCUGUACAGGAUCCAGAUCCGCAGGAACUAUGAGGAAAGGGCCAAGUAUGUGGAGACCAUUGUUCAGCAGCACAAAGACCUGACCACUUUUGAGGAGUUCUCUGCCAGUGUGUAUGCACCAGCCAUGGGCAAAGGUGCAGAGGCCAGCUCAGGCGGGAGCCAGCGGGACUCCAACCAGUCGGAUGGCGGGCAGGGCGGCACGGAGAGCGAGGGCGGGGUGACUCUGCGGCACCAGCAGGGCUCCCCCAAACUCAGGCACAGGAUGUCCAUGAAGAUCAGGAGAAGCUCCGGCCCCAAACUGCCCCACAGCAGCUCCAGCAGCACCACCCCUCCGGAGAGCCCUAAUGUCAGGGGCAAGAAGACAUAGGGCUGGAAUCAGUACAUGUGCACAGAAAUGGAUUUUAAUGUUGUAUUAUAGGAAAACAAGCCAAUAUUCAAUCUGCUACAAUUGUAGUUGUGAUUGCUUCUGCUCAAAUCAAGCAAAUCCUUCUUUAUAGUAUUCUGUAGAUACUGAUACCAAUUUGUACUAAGUGAUAUCAUGUACUGGUGAAUGUCCUUAUGUGACUUAUCCCAUGUCCUAAACUUGCCCCUAACAGUAUCCAUGAUAGACCCACCUCAAUUCUGUUCAAUUUGUUGGUGAAUGGAUAAUGUUUCAAUUUGUAUCUUUUCAUAUUCCAUAUCUUCAAGACUUUUUUUAAAGAUUAUGAGUUGCAAAUUUAGUCAGAUUUAUUUCAGCCAGAUUAUGCUAGAUGUGGUGCCAAAUGUCUGGAAAGAAAUACUGUGUUACAUUUUUGUCUCGAGUCAACAAAGCCUCUUGGAACCUGCUGAGACAAUGAACGAUUGAAAUUUUAGAUGUAUGAACUGUUUAAAAAUAAAUGUUAGAUAUAAUGUACACCAUGAAGGGUCAAGCUUUAGCUUGCUUAGAUCAUAUAUGAAUAUCAAAAGAAAACGCUGUACAAAAGUGUUCACAUCAAAAAUGUCAAAAUGUUAUUAUGAAAUCUGUUCGGUACAUAACAAAAGCCUAUACUAUAUGAAUAAAGAAUGUUCUGUAAAUAUGUAACAAUACGGAAAAAUUCUCAAUUGAUGCUGCAAUUGUCUGUAUAUGACUGCUUUAUCCAGAGGGAAGGGGACUAAAUAAGAGGACACAAGUUUUGUAUCAUUGAAGAAUUAGCUGCACUUCGGGAUGGCAGUGCUCUGCAAAAUAUGGUGGAACCAGCAAAUCAUCUCUCUGUACAUUGGUAAUUUUGGGCCUCAUUCCUGAAUAAAACUGGAAAGCCGAUAAA